CCGUUCGUAAAUUCGCUCCCCCGUUGUGUCAGCAGCUGUUGUCUGCCUUCCGUUGCCGUCUCGCGAGGAGCUGCCAAAAGAUCCAGGCACCACCGGCCAAACACCAGCCUUCCUCUUGAUCUCCGAAUAAACCAGUCAGUCCUCUCUUUGCCCCCUUUCCUUUCUCGUAGCACUCCUACUCUCCUCCUCGCUCACCGUUGAUGCAUCUGCAAGAAUCAGGAAAAAUAUAUGCGGUCUCUGUCGCCCUCUUGUCCAGUUGUCCCGGUCGUGUGAUCAAUUCGAGGACGCCGCCAUGAGCAGCACCUUGUUUGAAGCAGAUCAAAUCAGCAUCAUCACAAGCUGAGAAAUAGAUUGGAUUUCUGCUGCAAAUAGCUCGGCUCUGAGGAGUGAGCUUAUACACUUGCCAGGAUAGAAGAACAUCGCCACCGAUUUGCAAGAGAGGAAAAGGUGUUUUCCCUCGUGUUAAAAGUACUAAAAAAGUGGUCCUUUCUGUCUCUCUCUCUACAAUUACCUCACUCCUCUCACUCUACCGGUCCAAGAAGGAAAGAGGAAAGCCACUCCAGGACGCAGUGAGCAGGCAUCCUCAGGUGGAUGCUUGUUGAGUCCACAGGUUUUGCCAAAAACCACUGAUAUAUUCGAGUUUGCAACUGUUGUGCGAGAGAACUGCGAGCCAAAAUAUCGUCUCCGUUCCUCGCCGAUUGAAGCACCGACGCCCCCCAAUUCUUGCGCUAUUUCGCUCCAAUUCGUCGCCGUUCUUUGGUUCCGUACCUAGAACUGUUCUUUCUCCACCAAAAAAUUCCAAAUCUUUCGUCUGAGACUUUACCCCUAACCCUCGCAAGCACCAGGAAUCCAUGGUGUCCAGCUCCUACUCCAACCUCCUGGACCUGGCCACUGGCGCGGCGGACCAGCCGCCAGCGCCGGCCGCGCUCGGCGCGCUCCGGCGGCGGCUCCCGAGCGUGGUGACCACCCCGGGGCUCAUCGACGACUCCCCGGCGUCCCCCUCCACGCCGUCCCCGGCGCCGCGCCCGCGCACCAUCGUGGUCGCCAACCACCUCCCUAUCCGGGCCCACCCCCCGGCGUCGCCGUCGGAGCCAUGGACCUUCUCCUGGGACGAGGACUCCCUCCUCCGCCACCUCCAGAAGAGCUCGUCCUCCCCCUCCAUGGAAUUCAUCUACAUCGGCUGCCUCCGCAACGACGUCCCGUCGGCCGACCAGGACGCCGUGGCUCAGGCGCUCCUCGAGUCGUACAACUGCGUCCCGGCGUUCAUGUCGGCCGACACCGCCGAGCGCUACUACCAUGGCUUCUGCAAGCAGCACCUCUGGCCGCUGUUCCACUACAUGCUGCCGCUCUCCCCCGACCUCGGCGGCCGCUUCGACCGCCUCCUGUGGCAAGCGUACGUCUCGGCCAACAAGAUAUUCGCCGACAAGGUGCUGGAGGUGAUCAACCCGGACGAAGACUUCGUGUGGGUGCACGACUACCACCUCAUGGUGCUCCCCACCUUCCUGCGCAAGCGCUUCAACCGCAUCAAGCUCGGCUUCUUCCUGCACUCGCCGUUCCCCUCCUCGGAGAUCUACAAGACGCUGCCCGUGCGCGAGGAGCUGCUGCGCGCCCUGCUCAACUCGGACCUCAUCGGCUUCCACACCUUCGACUACGCCCGUCACUUCCUGUCGUGCUGCGGCCGGAUGCUCGGGCUUCCCUAUGAGUCCAAGCGAGGGCACAUUUGCCUCGAGUAUUAUGGCCGGACCGUGAGCAUCAAGAUCCUGCCGGUCGGGGUGUACAUGGAGCAGCUCAAGACGGUGCUCGCAUUGCCAGAGACCGAGGCGAAGGUUGCGGAGCUGAUGGAGACGUACACAGGGAAGGGGAAGGUUGUCAUGCUGGGCGUCGACGACAUGGACAUAUUUAAGGGGAUCAGCCUUAAGCUGCUCGCCAUGGAGGAAAUGUUGCGUCAGCAUCCUGAGUGGCGGGGCAAGCUGGUGCUGGUGCAGGUCGCAAACCCGGCACGAGGCCGGGGUAAGGACGUUGCCGAUGUGCAGGAGGAGACGUAUGCUAUGGUGCGGAGGAUCAAUGAGGCAUAUGGUGCGCCGGGGUAUGAGCCAGUCGUGUUAAUCGAUCAGCCAUUGCAGUUUUAUGAACGCGUCGCUUACUAUGUCAUUGCCGAGGCGUGCCUGGUGACUGCAGUCCGUGACGGCAUGAACUUGAUCCCCUAUGAGUAUGUUGCAUCUCGGCAAGGCAAUGAUAAGCUGGACAGAGUACUGCGGCUGUGCAAACCUGAACAGAAGAAGAGCAUGUUGGUGGUCUCUGAGUUCAUCGGAUGCUCCCCAUCGCUGAGUGGCGCUAUAAGGGUGAACCCAUGGAACAUCGAGGCUGUGGCUGAUGCUAUGGAGAGUGCCCUUGCGCUGCCUGAGAAGGAAAAGAAUAUGCGCCAUGAGAAGCACUACCGCUACGUGGAGAAGCAUGAUGUCGGAUACUGGGCUAAUAGCUUCCUUCAGGACCUUGAGAGGACCUGCAAGGAUCACUCGCAACGGCGGUGCUGGGGAAUUGGGUUUGGCCUGCGGUUUAGAGUGGUCUCGCUCGACCUGAGCUUUAGGAAGCUUGCCAUGGAGCACAUUGUUCAGGCGUACACAAGGUCAAAGACGCGUGCGAUUCUAGUGGACUACGACGGUACGCUGAUGCCACAGGCGAUCAAUAAGAGCCCAACAGACCAAUCGGUCCAGAUACUGAACAGCUUGUGCCGGGACAAGAAAAAUGCAGUGUUCCUUUGCAGUGGGUUCAAACGGCACACUCUCGAUGAUUGGUUUCCUUCUGAGAAUCUUGGCUUGGCAGCGGAGCAUGGCUACUUCAUGAGGUUGAAGAGGGACGCACAAUGGGAAACUUGCAUUCCAGCUGCAGACUGCAGCUGGAUGCAGAUUGCCCGGCCGGUUAUGGAACUCUACACCGAGACAACUGACGGUUCAACCAUCGAGACGAGGGAAACAGUGCUUGUUUGGAACUAUGAGGAUGCAGACCCUGACUUCGGGUCAUGCCAAGCCAAGGAGCUUGUCGAUCAUCUCGAGAGCGUGCUCACAAACGAACCGGUCUCAGUGAAGAGUACCCUACACUCUGUUGUGGCUAAACCGCAGGGUGUGAGCAAAGGCCUGGUGGCACGGCGUAUGCUGGCGUCGCUGCAGGAGAGGGUCAUGCGCCCUGAUUUCGUGCUCUGCAUCGGGGAUGACAAGUCCGACGAGGACAUGUUCCAGUUCAUCAACAGCGCGCCUUGCGGUGACUCGCUCGCAUCCACGGCGGAGGUCUUCGCAUGUACCGUUGGCCGCAAGCCGAGCAAGGCCAAGUACUACCUCGACGACACGGCGGAGGUCGUGAGGCUGAUGCAGGGCCUGGCAUGUGUCUCGGAGCGGCCUCCCUCAGGGAACCUCGCGCGGGAGGAAACCCUGCCACAGUUUGAGGCUUUUGCAGAGUAGUUUUAGAUGUACUAGUUCUGCCCCUAAUGUAGUUGGGAGGGGACAAACCAAUGGAGCAGGUAGGGGGAGGAAAACAGCAUCUGCAUUUCAGUUACAAGAAAGUCAAGCAUCCAGUUCAAAUAUUGGUGCCACUAGCCGAGCAAGGAGGGCAGCACAUGAAAAUAAAUUCGGACAGAAUGUUGUUGUUUUUUAUGGAAGAAGCUCUAGGGGGAGAUGUACUAUCUCACUCAAGUUUAUCCUACUCUGAAUGUUUUCUAGUUCAUGUGAACCAUAUAUCCCAUUUUCAGUGUUCUCUACUUUCUUUGAACCGUAUGUCUACCAUGGAUGAAUGUUCUUGAUAUAUUUAAGUCUAUUAUAUGA